UCUGGUACAAACAGUCUUGACAUUCCGACGUCCAUCCAGAACAGUUUGAACAAUCUUGGGGUAUCGUAUGUUGACCUUUAUCUGGUUCACGCCCCGCGCCUGGCAGUACCUGACAUCCCCACAUGUUGGGCGCAAAUGGAAAAGGUCCAGAACGACGGAUUGGCUAAGAGCAUUGGUAUCAGUAACUUUGGCGUCCAAGACAUGGAGACUUUGAUGGUAUCUGCGCAAAUUAAGCCCACGGUCAAUCAGAUCCUCCUUCAUCCAUAUGUCUAUCGGCGACAGAAACCUAUCCUUGAUUAUGCCGCGAAGAAUGGAAUCAUCAUCGAGGCCUACAGCGCGCUAAUUCCCAUCACAACGGCACCCGGCGGUCCUUUGGACAAACCAUUGAACGAAAUCGCCGCGAAGUUCGGUGUAACACCCGAGCAAAUUCUUAUGGCGUGGACCAAAGCCAAAGGUGCCGUCGUCGUCACCACAAGCUCGAAGAAGGCGCGCUUGGAAGGUUACAUCGCGGCAGGUGAUAUAACUUUGUCUCCAGAAGAUAUUGCAGCCAUUGACGAUGCGGGCGCUUUGGGCGAGGAAAAGUGAAGAAUAUGCUGAGAUUCUAGGGUUGUCCUGCAGUGUUUGGAACAUACAACUUCCUUGGUACCUGACUCGGAAGUGCUCAAAUGUCACCAGUAACGGCUCACCUUGUGCCGCUAAUUCAGCACAAACGUUCCAUGCUGCUGAACGACACAAAUAUAACUAUUUCU